CUUUUUACAAUAAUAAAUAUAUAUACUACCACACUUCUUCGUUACUGUGCCCAUCCUUGAGUACAUUGCUAGUUCCAUCGGAACAGCUUUCUCAUUUGGACGUGUCCUGAGCUUAUUAUUUAAGAGCGUCGUAAUCUGUAUCUAUGGUGACUUGAGAAACUACAGACAUUGAUUGUUGCAACUCUGGCAAUGGCUGCAGUGAAGCAGUGUAGAUACCAUCUAGUGUAGAUACACGUCAUACGCCAACCAUUGUAUCCUCACAACGGUAUAUGUAACGAGCAGCUCCAAACUGACAUCGUCGUCGUUGAUCAUCAUCGUUGUCGCCUUGCCGUUGAAUAGGAACUUUUGCCUUUUUUUCACAGAUACCAGUUUCCAGUCAUUUCAUAUCAUGUUGGUAAAGAAUUAUUUUUGUUGGAAGUUGCCGACUUUACUACUACAAAAAAGUACUUUUACAAUUGACAGUGGAAAGAAGGUGAAUGCGAUACGUUUUGUAGUGGGAAAGUAUAUAAAACAGAACCCACAGCACACCACCAUCGCCGUAGCUUUUUUCUGCUAAAACAAAUGCGGCAAGUGCCAUUCACGUUAUCUGCUAAAUCGUGUCCGACAUAAGCUUAUCAUCUCUCAAUACACGUACAAAUACAUACAGCAUUCAAGAAGUAUAAAAAAUAGCCAACGAAUAAAACAAUCCAAAAUAAGCGGUGGUGGAGAAGAAGAAGAGAGUCCCAUAUACAUCCAAGCUCAUCAAUUGGAAACUCUAAACCCGAAACCUUAGUAAACCCGCACCAGGACUUGCGCGUUCGACUAAACCUGCUCGCUCACUGGCGUUCGCUGCCAGGCCCCUAAACCCGUUGCGCUUA